AUGGCGGAACCCGACAACGAGUUCCCGCAGUAUCGCGAUGGUGACGUCCACAUCAUCAUCAACGGCUCACGCCAGUACAUCUUGCACAGCCAGCUCCUCCGCACCCACAGCCCGGCGAUGCGCAAGCUGCUCGGAGGCGACCACGGCCCACAAUUGUCAAGCAAGGCGAUCAAGAAGGGGAUUACGGUCCGCUACCGCCUCGAGCUCGUCGACAAGGCGGAAGGUGAGGACGAAGAUACCGAUACAGCGACUGAGGGUGCCAAUCUGAGCGUGAAGCUGGCGCCUGUACAAAUGAACGGCGAAGGGAGACCUGCCGAUGGCCGUGGCAUUCGCCUUGAUCUGGAGAACGGGCUUGAGGUCGAUCCCAUCCACGAGGCCUACAGCACCGUGCUUGGUGCGCUCUACGGACGUGCGGUCAGCCUGGGUGCUUUCGGAAACGACACGCUAGACAACAUGCUCAGCAUGGCGAUCAACGUCCACGCAGUCGCUGCAGAGCUAGGUGUUGUCAACCUCAUCACCAAGCCGAUCGAAGCCGACCUCAAUUCUCACGGUCAGCUCCUCUAUCGCUCCAUCUCCGACAAGCCAGGCCCAUGGCUGGUCUUUGCCCUCCAAAUCCGCUCCCGCCUCAUCUUCCGCGAAGCCCUCAUCCACGCCAUCGGCCAGUACCACACGGACAACAUGCAGUUCAUGAUCAACAAGGACUUCUUCUCCACACCCGUGCUCAACCUGAUGACGAAGAAAUACACCAUCCUGCUGGAAGGGCUCAAGACGGCGCAGAUGAAGAUGCUCUCCUACUACCCGCAGAUCCUGCACCGCCACCUCACCGUCGGCCUCGCGGACCGCGACAACAUCGGCCGCGGCUCCUACAGCAACGACAUCUUCGCCUGGAUGGCGCUCAACGCCUUCCGCCACUACAUUGCGCAGAACGUCGCUGCGGACUGCACGCAUCAUGACAAGGACAUGGGGUACGAGUUCAUCCAGAUGAUUGCGAAGGGUGGGGAGGAGUACAUGCGGAAGCCGGAUCUGCAGACGUUCUAUGGGCUGUUCCCGAUGACGGGGAAGGGGCAGGUGGUGUUUGAGAAUCACAUCGAGAAUACGAAGGAGCAUUGUCGUUCGUUUGCGCAGGACUUCAUGGUCAACACCACCCACCUGGACAUCAAGACGUACCCGUCGAAGCAUUUCACGUGCACCAAGGUGGACUGGGAGGACUUGAAGGUGGUGGGCACUCAGUAA